CUUGUUCUAAAACUUUUAAAACCAUCCAGAAACCGUUCGAAAAAAGAGUUGAAAGGAUAUGGCGACGAUGGAGAGUUUGAUCGGAUUGGUGAACCGGAUUCAGAGAGCUUGUACUGUGCUCGGUGACUAUGGCGGUGGAGACAACGCUUUCUCUUCUCUCUGGGAAGCUCUUCCCACCGUCGCCGUCGUCGGUGGCCAGAGUUCUGGAAAAUCAUCGGUGUUGGAGAGUAUUGUCGGGCGUGACUUUCUUCCUAGAGGAUCAGGGAUCGUGACGAGGCGGCCUUUGGUGUUGCAGCUUCACAAGACGGAUGAUGGAACGCAGGAGUAUGCCGAGUUCCUUCACAUCCCGAGGAGGAAGUUCUCUGAUUUUGCCCUGGUUCGCAAGGAGAUACAGGAUGAGACUGAUAGAAUGACUGGGAAGACAAAAAUGAUUUCUCCUGUUCCUAUCCAUCUCAGUAUCUACUCUCCAAAUGUUGUCAACUUAACCCUGGUUGAUCUACCGGGUUUAACAAAAGUUGCUGUUGAGGGACAACCUGAAAGUAUUGUUGAAGAUAUUGAAAAUAUGGUCCGAACUUAUGUUGAGAAGCCUAAUUGUGUCAUACUCGCAAUAUCUCCAGCCAAUCAAGAUAUUGCGACAUCAGAUGCUAUCAAACUUGCUAGGGAAGUGGAUCCCUCUGGUGAAAGGACAUUUGGUGUGUUGACGAAGUUGGAUUUGAUGGACAAAGGAACUAAUGCAUUGGAUGUUAUUGAAGGAAGAUCGUAUCGCUUGCAACAUCCCUGGGUUGGAAUUGUUAACCGUUCCCAGGCUGACAUCAAUAAAAAUGUUGACAUGAUAGUUGCAAGGCGCAAGGAGCGGGAGUACUUUGCAACCAGUCCUGAAUAUGGGCACUUAGCCAGUAAAAUGGGUUCAGAGUAUCUUGCAAAACUUCUCUCCAAGCACUUGGAGUCUGUAAUUAGGGCUCGGAUUCCAAGUAUAACAUCUUUGAUUAACAAAAGCAUCGAGGAACUUGAGUCGGAGAUGGAUCAUCUUGGUAGACCUAUUGCCACUGAUGCUGGGGCUCAAUUGUACACUAUCUUGGAACUUUGCCGUGCAUUCGACCGGAUUUUCAAGGAGCAUUUGGAGGGAGGGCGGCCUGGAGGUGAUCGAAUUUAUGGAGUCUUUGACAACCAGCUUCCCGCUGCUUUAAGGAAGCUUCCAUUUGAUAGGCAUCUUUCUCUGCAGAAUGUAAAGAAAGUGGUUUCAGAAGCAGAUGGUUAUCAGCCACAUUUGAUUGCCCCUGAGCAAGGUUACCGGCGCCUAAUUGAGGGAUCACUUAACUAUUUUAGAGGUCCCGCUGAAGCUUCUGUGGAUGCUGUUCACUUUGUUUUGAAAGAACUGGUGAGGAAAUCAAUAGCAGAAACUCAGGAGUUGAAGCGCUUUCCAACUCUGCAAGCUGAAAUAGCUGCUGCUGGUGGUGAGGCCCUUGAAAGGUUCCGUGUAGAAAGUAAGAAGACAGUUGUUCGAUUGGUGGACAUGGAAUCUUCAUAUUUGACUGUGGAUUUCUUUAGAAGACUUCCCCAAGAGGUGGAGAAAGCAGGAAACCCUCCUGGGCCAGCCGGCACACCUAUAGACCGGUACACAGAGGGGCACUUUAGGAGGAUAGGCUCAAAUGUGUCCUCUUAUGUGGGCAUGGUUUCCGAGACACUUAAGAACACAAUUCCUAAAGCUGUGGUUUAUUGUCAAGUUAGGGAGGCCAAGCAAUCAUUGCUAAAUCACUUCUACAUACAAAUUGGGAAGAGAGAGGCUAAGCAGCUUGCACAAUUGUUGGAUGAAGACCCUGCAUUGAUGGAGAGGAGGCAACAGUGUGCAAAAAGGCUUGAAUUAUACAAAUCAGCCAGGGACGAGAUAGAUUCUGUAUCAUGGGCCCGUUGAGGUUGAUUGAUGCUUGGAGUUGCAUUGUAUUAUAUAGUAAUUGAUAUAGAGAUCAGAUUCUUGCUGAAUUGUCCUAGAUUUUUGGAUAGCUCAAAUUAUUUCUCUCAAUCUUUAUUCUUUUAAUUUGAUCUGCAAUUUUUUUGUGGUACUGAGUACUGUUGUAUUGCAAACUCGAUCCUCCUUUGGUUUUAGCACUAAUAUAUUUAUGUUUUGUAAAUAUCA